AUGCCCCAUCACAGAUCAAGAUCAAAGAUCAGCGGCGUAGCAGCAGCAUCAGCAGGCCUCUGGCUUGCUCGAGGCAACGUAGCGCUGUACUGGGGACAGAACUCAUACAACCAAGGAUCUGGAGACUUGGCCCAACAACCUCUCGCCACUUAUUGCGCCAACACGGACAUCGACAUCAUCCCAAUGGCAUUCAUGGUCCAGGUUACUUCUGGCCAGGGUAAGGAGCCGGUCAUAAACUUUGCUAACCAACAGAAUAAUUGUACAGUGUUUCCCGAUACCGGCCUCAUGGACUGUCCACAAAUUGGUGACGAUAUCAAGACUUGUCAGCAGAAGUAUGGGAAGACCAUCCUAUUAUCCAUUGGGGGUGCGACCUACACUGAAGGAGGCUUCGCCAGCAAAGACGCGGCGAUCGCGGCAGCCAACUUGGUGUGGAAUACCUUUGGACCUACUUCUGGCUCCUCAUCAACUCAGACUUACCGACCUUUCCAUGACGCUGUCAUCGAUGGAUUCGAUUUGGACUUGGAGACGGCGGUGCAGAACUUCAACCCCUUCGCCGCUCAGCUGCGAAGCUUGAUGGACGCCGACAAGUCGAAGAAGUACUACCUCACUGCUGCUCCUCAGUGUCCCUAUCCGGAUGCUGCAGAUGACAGUAUGUUGAACGGGGCUGCUGGCAUGGACAAGGUCAAUUUCGAUGCGAUCUUCGUCCAAUUCUACAACAACUACUGCGGCACCAACUCCUACGUCGCCAACGCAACGACCCAGAACAAUUUCAACUUCGAGACCUGGGAUAAUUGGGCCACGACCAAGUCGGCCAACAAGGACGUCAAAGUAUUCCUGGGCGUGCCAGCUGGCCAGUCCGCUGCAGGUACUGGAUACUUGAGUGCCGAUGCACUGAAACCUGUUAUCGACUACUGCAAGACCUUUAAGAGUUUCGGUGGUGUGAUGGCUUGGGAUGCGUCGCAGGCGUAUGCGAAUAAGGGAUUCCUUGAUGGUGUCAAGACGGCGCUGGGUGACUCAUCGAAGAAGGCGAGAUUGAUCAGGAGGACUCUCGCGAGGGAGUGGUGGGGAUAG